GUCAUCUUCACUUCAGAACUGCUUUCCCAAGCUUACACUGCAGUUAGUCUCAUCUAUCCUUUCCCACUAUGCCUCACCAAACCAAAUACAGUAGCUCUAGCUGCAGAAAUUUUAGCUCUUCUUCUAUGCCAAGGAAUGUGAAUAGGAGUACCAUGAGCUCUUCAAGAAGCAUUAGUGGCUCAAGGAUGCAGCCCCGUUCCAACAGAAGUGCCUAUGAUCUUGGAGGAACAAGAAAAAUUUCUUUUGCAAGCUGUAAUACUGGCAUGAGUGGAUAUAAGGGGUCAGGUAUGGGUGGGGGUUUUGGGGGUGGUAUGGGUUCCGGAUAUGGCUCAGCUGGAGCUGGAUUUGGUAGAUCUGGUUUUGGUGGUGCAGGAUUUGGAGGCUCAGGAUUUAGUGAAUCUGGCUUUGGCCUUGGUGGAGGUGCUGGUUUUGGUGGUGGUAGUUUUGGUGGUGUAGGAUUUGGGGGCUCAGGCUUUGGGGGAUCUGGCUUUGGUCCUGGUAGAUGUGGAAGCAUUACAAAUGUAACUGUCAAUGAGAGUCUUCUGAUCCCCUUAAAUGUGGGCAUUGAUCCGGAAAUUCAGAACGUACGGAAAGAAGAAAAGGAACAGAUAAAGACUCUGAAUAACAAAUUUGCAUCUUUUAUUGACAAGGUGCAGUUUUUAGAACAGCAAAAUAAAAUACUGGAAACCAAAUGGACUCUACUGCAAGAACAGAAAACUGCAAAAAGCAAUAUGGAACCAUGUUUCGAAUCCUACAUAAACAACCUAAGUAGAAAGUUACAUUUAUUGGAAAGUGAGAAGUUGCGUCUUGAUGGAGAAAGAAGGAACAUGCAAGAUCUAACGGAAGACUACAGGAAAAAGUAUGAAGAUGAACUCAACAAGCACAGAGCAGCAGAAAAUCAAUUUGUAGAACUGAAAAAGGAUGUUGAUGCAGCAUUUAUAGGCAACACAGCCCUGCAGGCAAAGGUUAAUUCCUUGACUGAUGAGAUGAACUUCAUCAAAACUAUUAAUGACAUGGAAAGAGCUCAACUUGAAACUCAAAUCUCUAACACCUCAGUUAUUGUAUCCAUGGAUAACAACCGAAACCUAGAUAUGAAUAACAUAAUUGCUGAGAUCAAGGCUCAGUAUGACGAGAUUGCUAAUAACAGCAGAGUUGAGGCUGAAUCCUGGUAUCAAUCAAAAUAUGAAGAACUACAGACUACAGCAGGAAAGCAUGGAGAUAACCUAAGAAACACCAAGAAUGAAAUUUCAGAACUUAACAGGGUAAUUAACAGGAUGAAAGGCGAAAUUGACAAUGGAAAGGAUCAGAAAACAAAAUUAGAGUCUGCAAUUGCUGAAGCAAAUGAUCGUGGGGAGAUGGCUAUCAAAGAUGCAAAGGAAAAACUGGCCGAUCUUGAGGAAGCUCUACAGAAGGCCAAGCAGGACAUGGCUCGCCAAAUGAAAGAGUGCCAAGAACUGAUGAAUGUGAAACUGGCUAUGGAUGUUGAGAUUGCCGCCUAUAUGAAACUGUUAGAAGGGGAAGAGUGCAGGAUUACUGGAGAAGGUGCUGGUCCUGUGAAGAUAUCUGUUGUUACAUCCACUAUGGGAAGCUCCUCCAGCAAUACAGGUGCCUCAUACCAUAAUGAAGGAAUGAGCUCUGGUGGUGUCCGUUUCAGUGAAGGAAUGAGUGGCAGCCACUUCAGGGGUGGAAAUAAUUUUAGCUCUGGCAGUGGAAAUGUCAACAGAGGUUAUAGCUCUGGGUCUGGAUAUACUUCUGGAAGCAGCUCAACUAUGACCAGUAGAACCACCUCGACAAGUUCCAGAAAAAUAUAAUCUCAUAUUGUUACUAAAUGAUUGAAUGAAUACUACUGUGUAUACUGGCUUUAUCACAUAUCUUCCUGCUUUUUUCCUGCCUGCAUAUUUUACCUUAAUCAGUACAUUGCAUAACUAAACAAGGCUUAUUGCAAGCAUACUAUUUAGGGGUUGAUAACAAUCAUCAUUCAUUUGGUCUUGUUUUGAUCCUGUACUCACAAUAAAUGUAUUGGCUGCGGACA